AUGAAGAAGAUGAGAAGCACAGUAUAUCUUCCUGAAGAUUUGCUAGUGGAGAUACUCUCUAGAGUUCCUACGGUAGCUCUAGCACGAUUACGAUCAACAUGCAAAAGAUGGAAUGCUCUGUUCAAAGACGGGAGAUUUGCUAAGAAGCACUUUGCUAAUGCUCCAAGGCACUCCUCCUCUCUGGUUCUCGGGUUGAUUGAUUCUAGGGUUUAUUUAGUGAGCAUCAAUCUCCAUGGGAUUAAGAAUAACAACGUUGAUCCAUCUGCAAAGUUAAAAGGUCCAUUCAGCCUAAAAGACCCUCUUUCUACUUCAAAAGAAGUAUAUAUUCGUUACGCCUUUCACUGCGACGGCUUAUUGCUAUGCAUUACCGAGGACUAUAGACUAUUUGUUUGGAACCCGUGUUUAGGCGAGAUGAAGUGGAUCCAACCCAGAAAUUUAUACAAAGAAUUCGACUACUAUGCUUUCGGUUACGGAGACAAAUCUUCUUGUUACAAAAUCUUGAGGAUGCAACAAUUUGCCAAUGAUAGAUGGCACACCAUGUCCGAAGUCUAUGACCUUGCUUCUAAUAAGUGGGGCAGUGUAAGUGUGACUACUGACUGGGUCAUACAACUGAGUAAGAGUUGUGGCAUGUAUGUCAAGGGAACUACUUACUGGCUUGCUCUUGGUAAAGACAGGCCACCACAUGAUCGUUAUUUUUUACUAAGUUUCGAUUUUUCAAGCGAGAGAUUCCAAAGUCUGUCCCUUCCCGCCGAUGCUAAUCAUUCUUCUCUUUAUGUGGCUUUAUCGAUGACUAAAGAAGAGCAACAAUUUCGUAUGUUUGCCAGUUUUGACUCUGAUGAAAGAAACAAAUCAGAUGUAUGGAUAGCAACCAAGGUGGAGAGUACCGGAGCCAUGUCGUGGACCAAGUUCCGUCGUUUUCACUCUCAUAUUCGUUUAACUGUCUCGGCCCAUAAGAAGAAUGUUUUCGUGUGUAAACCUAAGCAUGAGGCCUACAACAACAUCUUUUACAUUGUGGGAGAUGAUUUGUACAUCUUAAAAGUGUAUAAAUAUACUGGAGAUAUGAUAUACCCAAUUCUCCUUACUUAUGUUCCAAGUUUGGUUCAGAUCCAACAAGGUAUCUAG